UAACGGAGGACAUCCCUGAACGCAGCAGCAAGAACUAGUUAAUCAAGCUACAGAACUUAACACACAAUGAACAGCWUGAAUAGGAUUUUWGUGUUGUUAGCAACCAUUGCUUUUGCGUCCCAACCAUGCUGCGAAGCCUUCCAAUACGCAAUUAAUCAACAUAAAUCGACAAGGCUGGGUGCCACCGUCAUUGAUGCUCCUACCAAGGAAGACCUUGACCGCAAGGUCGGCCGCCGAAGCAAUCGACGAGGCGGCGAAGACAACGACGACUUGCUCGGCGACGCYGAGGAGAACAUCGAAGAUGCCCUUCGAAAGCAAGGGCCACUGGAAUGGYUGGAGGACAACCCUGACGAAUCCAGGGACAUGAAGGAUCCUUUUCACAUUCUGAUUCUGGACCAAACCUUUGAAAAACCAAAGAUCACCGUUCCRUAUGUAGCGUCGAAUCUUGAGUAUGUUCUGGGAAUGCCUCUGGACGACGCCAUGGACCAUUCCCAGUGGUGCUACGAGAACGGCCUAUCGUGCGUUGGUGUUUGGCCACGAGAAGAGUGUCUGGCACUGGGAAGACAACUGCAGCUUAGAGACAUUGUUUGUCGGGUCGUUCCUUACGCAGAUGGAGGUCACCGGGCCUGGCAGGCAGAUAAGAAUGCCCAGGAUGUAUCCUAUGAGGUUGAGGGGGACAGCUUUUCUUGAGUGACGCAAAAAGUUUAUGAGCUAAAUUAUAGGGUCGUAGCCGAAAACAUGUAAAUARUGACGACUCGAUUUUUCCACCAACGAAACACUUUGCGACUUUCAUCUCUAGAAAUCGAAAUCGAUGGUUGUUGAAUGUAUGGAAGAGUCCACAGAAUCUUUCUCAAGUUGCAGACGAUUGUUCUCGAUGAAAAAGAAAUGUUUCGACGUUUU